AUGGGGCACUGUGUGCAGCUCAAGGGCCAAGUGGAUGUUCGUAUCGGCGUGGGCAGCGCUGUAGAGUGGCUGCCGGAGUACGUCGCCGACUUGGACGAACCAUGUCUGCUGGGAUUCGACUACCUGACGCAGAGCAAAGCUUGUGUCAACCUUGGACGGAAGCUGGUGAGGGUGCGUGGCCAAGAAGUGCCCUUGCUUCUGGAGGUCAGCUGUGCGGAGGUAGUUGUGGCUGAGAGAGUGCACCUUGCCCCUAGGACAGAGGCCAGAGUCCGGUGUCGACUGUCCAGAGCGAUGCAUAGAUCGGAAGGCAUGGUGGAGCCCACAGAAAACCUGCAACUGGCUGACGGCGUGACAGUCGGGCGGAGCCUCGUUCAAGCGGGGGAGGAGUUAGUUACGGUGUUGGUAGCUAACCUCUCCGGUGAGGCUCAGAAGGUGCCUGCUGGAGCCAAGCUGGGCACUUGUGAGGAAGUGGAGCACCCUGAGGAGAUGUCGAGGAGCGCAGAGGUGGCUGCUGUGAGGCCGUUGCCCGACUUCCUGGAGGAUUUGGCUCACCGGAGUGCCACUAACCUGAUGGAGGCACAGACGGAGAAAGUGCGCCACACCCUGGCUCAGUAUGUGGACGUCUUUAGCAGGGGUGACAUGGACCUGGGCUGCACGGCGUUGGUGAAGCACAGCAUCAACACGGGAAGCAGUGCACCCAUCAAGAGCCCACCCCGACGUAUUGCACCAGCCAGGCAGGAGGAGAUGCAGCUCACUGUCAACAAGCUGGCAGCACAGGGGGUGAUUGAGCGGUCGGACAGUCCAUCGUCAUCAGCGGUAGUCCUCGUUAAGAAGAAGGACGGCACGCAGCGCUUCUGUGUGGACUACCGGGCGCUGAAUGACGUGACUGCCAAGGACUCUUACCCCCUGCCCUGCUCGACGCGCUGGUGGCGGGCCAGGCCAUGA